AUGAGUCUCAGUUCUUAUGAAAUCGAGCUACCCGUGAAUAAGGAAUCACCUUAUUAAUAACUAUAUAGAGGGAGACAUGAUAAUGACUUAAUUUAUAUGUUACACAUAUUUCCAAAGCAAACAUUAACUUCAUAAAUGUAGCAAUAGAUUUUUGAAAGGGCAGAAGAAUUCAAUUUUAUAUUUGAAAAACUGGAUUUCGAGGAUUUUAUUUUAAUAUCCUAUAAGGAUAGUACUUUAUGGACAAACUUAGAAUAAAAAGUUAAAACAGAAUCUCUAAAAUCCUUCUAUCUAAAAUUAUAUUCAUAAUACUCGAAACUUAAAGGAAUAAUAGAUUUUGAUUAAGAUUUUGUUUUUGUAAAAGAAGAUGAAGUUUUUAUUAUUGAUUAUGGAAUUAAUCAACAUGUAAUGAAAAAGCAUAAAGAUCUAGAAUAUACUACAAAAACUAAAUCUUAUCUUUUUGGUUAACUAAUUUUUAACCUCUUAUGUAAUCGAGAUAUUAGUGAUAGAUUAUUAUAGUGCACAGAACAAUAUUAAAUAGAUGCUAUUAUUCAUUAAGCUGCUGAAAAUUAAAAAAUCAAUAAUGAAAUUUUAGAAUGCUUAUUAAAACUGCUUAAAUUAGAUCCUAAUUAAAGGCCCACUUUUGAAGAAGUUGGAUAAUGGAAAUUGUUCUUUUCAAAAAAAGAUAUUUCAAAAGUUGCAUCAAGUGUACUUGAUUUCUCAAAUAUGAAAAUUGGCACAUAAUCAAGUCGUUAAAAUUAAACUUAAAGAUCAGCAAGACCAUAAUCUUAUGAUUAGAAAGUUUUGAAUACUGCACAUAAUCAAUCAGUCAAAGCUGCAAUCUAAAAAUAAAGAAGAUAAGUUCCAUCAACAAAUAAAGUAUGCUCUUCUUAUGUAUUUGCAUCUUAAAUAAUUACUAACAAUAUGAAAAAUAAAAAGAUUUAAUAAAACUUUACUAACCUUGUAUCAACUCAAUAAUCAUUUUUUUAAUAAACUGGUUAACAUUUAUACACUUCUGAAAUGAAUUAGAGUUCAUAUCCAAAAACUUAAAACCAUUUUUUUGCUAAAUAGCCUGAUUAAUACUAAUAAACAUCUCAAAAAAGUUUUAAGGAAUCUAAUAAUAGUAAUAAUUAAUAAUUUUAAUAACCAUAAUAAUAACAAAGAAUAGAAAAGAAGUCUCCAUUUUUAUUUGAUGGAUCGUAACCCCCAAUAUUGAGUAUUACUAAGCCCUAAAAUCCAUAAUCUAUUGGUGGCUAAAAUCGUAAUUUAAAUUAAGAGGCUAACUUUUUUACUAACAAUAAUUCAAUUCCCUCAAAUUAUACAUCUCCUAAAUAAAAUAUCUAUUAAAACUAAAAUACAUAAUAACAAUAAUAAUAAUAACAAUAAUAAUAAUAAUAAUAAUAAUAAUAAUAAUAAUAAUAAUAAUAAUAAUAAUCUAUUUCCAGUAAUCCUCCAAAAUAAAUUCAAUUUUUAUAAUAAUAAUAACAAUAAGUUGUAGAAGAUAAUUAAAGUUUUCAUUUCAAAUCACUUCCAUCAGAGGCAUCUAGUUAAAAUUAAAAAUCAUAAAAAGAUGAAAAAUAAUAACCAAAGUUGAAAACGCCCUUUUAAUUAGCAUAAAAUACUAAUGAAGAUGAAGUUGAUGACAUUAAAUUACAACAAAUUAAUAGUGCAAAUUAGAAUUAUAAUAAAGAUUAAAUUUAAAAUAAUGAGAAGGAUAAAAAGUAAGAAUUUUUUAAAAAACCAUAACAGGACAAUAAAUUAACUUCAAAUUCAACAUUUUCAAAAAAAGAAGAAGAUUAAGUCAUUGAUACUUAUCCAAUAAACAAUUUAUAGAAUUAAAAAGCCUAAUCUAUUAAUGAUAUUGAAGAACCACCUAUUAUAAGACCAAAUAAAUCACUCCAAUAAGAAGUCCCAAAAUAAUAGAAACCUACUAUUUAGACUACUCAAAAUCCAAAAGUUAAUUAAGUAGAUCUAAAUUAAAUUUUUAAUGAAUAUGUGUAGAAGUAAAAUGUUAUGAUUAAUAAGAUAUUAUUCGUAUUUAGCGAUUAUUUAAUAUAUAACAAUUGCAGUAGCAGAUUUAAAUGAAAAACUUAGCAUCCAUGGAUAAAUUUGGAUUGUACCAUUAUGCAUUGUUUUUAAAGUAAUUUGUUUGUGGACUAAAUUUUAGAGAGCAUAUGAAAUUAGAAAAAUAAUUGAAAAAGAUAUAGAGAAAUAAAAAAAUAUUUUUGAACUAAAAGAUUUUGUUAAAUUUAAAUCUUCACCUUAGUAUGCACAGUUAUUAUAAAAUGUUACAAAGUAGAAUAAUGUGAUGGAAAAAGAGUUUACAGAGAUGUUAGAGGCUGCAUAAAAGAAUCUAACUAAAUUGGAUUCAAAUUCUUAGUAAAAAAUGGCUGCCCUUCUUAACUUAGAUAUCAAAAAAUCUAUCAAAGAAUAGGCUGAAAAAUAUCUAUAUACUUAAAUUUACCCAAGAGUAAAGUCAGCUAUAGGAAAAUUAAGAGCAAAAACAUUAACAAAUAAUAAAUUUUCAGAAUUAGAUUGGAUGCAAACAAGAUUAUUGAGUUUGUAUUCAAUUUUAAUAAUGGAAUUAGAUUUAUACUAAUGUGAAUCCACUCUUUUUAAUGAAGCAACUCUUAUGAAAUAUAGAAAAAUGUAAAAUAUUGAUGAAAUUGAAUAAUUUUGCAAUUAAAUAGAAAAUACGAUCAAGGAACUUCCAAUAUUCAUAAAAUGA